UUGCUCUGGUAUCUUUUGUCACUCAUUUGUUGAAACCCUCAACUGUCUCCCUUUCCUGCGGUAUUUGAACGCAGCAUGUUAUCUCGCACAUUGUACGAUACUGACAAUCCAUGGCUGUGGCCGCCGGUUGCGUCCAUAUCUAUGUCGUACUCGUUUUGCAGAUCGUCCUUGCGCAACUUCAAAAUCCACCGAUUAAGAUACUCCUGCAAUUAAACAUGCAAUUGUACAAGGGUACUGCCAUUAGUAGCCACCAAACACAGUGGCCCAAAAAUGGUUCAGAGUUGUGGUCAAUAUGCGCAAAGACACAUGCAGAGAUAAAAUGGGCGUACGUAGCUUAUAACCGUGGAAAUAAUAAGUAUUCUAAAUAUUAUUGUGCACGUCACCGUCAUUUCGCGACCCUCGUUGAACAGCUCCUAAUGUUGCGAAUCUUCCAGUGAACGGCCAUCAUAGCAAUCCAUAGCCACAUGAAUACAAAUAGUGAUGACCUGAAAACAAUGUUAUAUUUGCAGAUAUCGAGGGCCGCAAAGUACACCAUUGUAGAGCUGGCUUUAAUAUU